AUGCCACCUCGGCAAUCCUCUGCCACCGAAUAUUACAAUCUUGGCAGCUAUCAUCGGACGGUCAGCACUACGAACCCCGAUGCUCAGACAUGGUUUAACCGGGGCCUUAUCUGGGCCUACGCUUUCAACCACCAGGAAUCGGCGCGGUGUUUUGAACAGGCUGUGCUGUUCGAUCCAGUAUGUGCCAUGGGGUAUUGGGGUCUGGCCUUUGCUCUUGGACCAAAUUAUAACAAGCCAUGGAAACUCUUCGACGGAGAAGAUCUCUCGACCACGACGACACGGGCUCAUGGCGCUGUAAUGGAAGCCAUGAAACAUGCAGCUAGAGCAACUCCUAUCGAGAGAGCGCUCAUUAAGGCACUACAACAUCGGUAUCCUCAAGAGCAGCCUGUCGACGACUGCACGGAAUGGAACCACCAGUACGCCGAGGCGAUGACCUCGGUUUAUCAAGCCUAUCCGAACGACCUAGAUGUUGUCGCUCUCUAUGUCGACUCAUUGAUGAACUUGACGCCAUGGAGCCUGUGGGACCUAACUACCGGAAGGCCUACUCCUGGUGCUCGAACGCUCGAGGUGAAGAACGCUUUGGACCUCGCCUUGGCCCAAGAAAGCAUGCCUCAGCACCCGGGUCUCUUACAUUUGUAUAUCCACCUGAUGGAAAUGUCCCCUACUCCUGAGACUGCCCUACCUGUUGCGGACAACCUGCGAGGCCUUGUGCCUGACGCUGGUCACCUUGAGCAUAUGCCGACCCAUUUGGACGUUUUGUGCGGUGAUUACCGCCGAGCAAUCGCCUCGAAUACAUCUGCCAUUCGUGCGGACGAGAAGUUCCUCGGAAAUCAGGAACUAGGACACUUCUAUAAUCUCUAUCGCUGUCAUGACUACCACUUUCGAAUGUAUGCGGCUAUGCUUGCAGGCCAGUCCAAGAUUGCCCUUGAUACGGCCACAGUACUUGCGGAGUCUCUCACCGAGGAUCUUCUGCGCGUUGAAUCACCACCUCUGGCCGAUUGGCUUGAGGGGUUUGUUGCUACCCGGGUACAUGCGCUUGUUCGAUUUGGUCGGUGGGAGACCAUCCUUGCUCUCCCUCUUCCUACUGACCAGAGUCUCUAUUGUGUUACCAUUGCGAUGAUACAUUAUGGCAAGGGCGUGGCUUUUGCAGCUACCGGUCGCGUCGAUGAAGCCAAACAGGAGCAGGAGCUAUUCCGCUCAGCUACAAAGAGAGUCGCACCCUCUCGUACCAUUUUUAAUAACACAUGCGUGGAUAUUCUUGCGGUAGCAGAGUCGAUGCUCCACGGUGAAAUUGCAUACCGAUGUGAAGAUUAUAUUAAUGCGUUUGCCAGUCUCCGCAUUGCAGUUGAGAAGGACGAUAACCUCCCCUACGACGAGCCCUGGGGUUGGAUGCAGCCCACUAGGCAUGCAUUGGGAGCAUUACUGCUGGAACAGGGUCGAAUUCAUGAGGCCAUGGACGUCUACGCUGCCGAUCUCGGAAUCGACGAGUCACUGCCUCGUGCCUUGAGGCACCCGAACAAUGUAUGGGCACUGCAUGGCUAUCACGAGUGUCUCGUAAAGCUAGGGAGAUUAGCCGAGGCACGCAUUGUCCGGCCUCAGUUGCAACUGGCCGUAGCCAUGGCAGAUGUACCCAUUAAAUCAUCUUGCUUCUGUCGGGUGAAGACUGCGAUCUAG